UCCAGCGCCAUAAAAGGAAUUCAGGAAAGAGGUGGAGCCAUGCAAAUUAUUGCUAGGAAAGUUGCUGUUUCUGUACUUGGUGAGGGACACAUUUUAACGAACAUUUGCAAUUAUGGUGGCUGAAGACCCUGUGGCAAAGUCCUCCGUGACCUGCAGGAACAGGAGAGAUCCACUUGUUCCACCCUGGUCCCUGUGGCCUCUCCACUCUAUGGCUGUCCUGGCUCAGACCCUGGCACUGCUGGCAAUGGCCAUGGCCACCACAGCUGUUGAAGUGGUGACCCUGGACAUGGCCCCAGACUCCUUCGAUGACCAGUACAAGGACUGUGUCCCUGCCAUGAAUGCAAAUUUGCCGGCCCUCAACAGCUCCGAGUUGCAGAAGAACCCUCUCUUUGCCCAGGCCUGGACUAAGGCCACAGCGGAGUGGCAGAGUCGGGUCCCCCCGUCCCCUUUGUCAUCUCCAGCCCAGGCCAUCGCCAUCAUGGCCUUCACAAUGGAUGACCUCUACAGAGAGUUCAACGCAGCCGUGCGUGUGGCGGGGCGCUCCCGCCAGGAAUACCGGGACAACUUCCACUUCAAAACACUGCAUUUCCUGCUGACCCAGGCCUGGACGACACUGAGGGUCAUUCGAGGACCACAGUGUCAUGUCAUAUACUGGGGGGUGAGCAGGUACCAGUUCAAGGGAAAGCCUGGUGACAUCAUCCGUUUCGGUCAAUUCAUGUCGGCGUCAGAGAGUGAAACAACAGACAAGAUAUUUGGGAAUGCCACAGUGUUCCAGGUGCACACGUGCAACGGGGUGGGAAUCAAGCAAUUCUCCAAGUAUCCUGACGAGAAGAAGGUGCUGAUCUCACCCUUUGAGACCUUCGAGGUCACUGAAGUCUGGCAGGAAGUAGACAGGACGAGGAUUCAUCUGCGCACCAAAAAUCUCACCAGCAAAUACAACUGCGAGUGGGUGAACGGCGACACCACAGGUGGCAGCACGCCCAGCGCUCCCUUCCACUUUGGAGGACUCAUCCUGGCCACCACAGCCCUGGCAGGGGCCACCGGAAUCCUCUGAGCCUUGCGACCACCACGGCAUCCAAGGACACUGUGGUCACUGUGGCCGCCCCGAUCACCAACACCACCAUGGCCCCUAGAGAAACGAGACCACCAAGGCUACCAAGGCCACCACUGCCACUCUGGCCACCUUGGCAACUGUUGCCGCCAUGAGGUCACUGUGGCCACCAUUGUCACCGUGGCACUGAGGCCACCACAGACACUCUGGCCACCAUGUUUUGUUUUAGGGGGGUUGGCGGUUGUGUCUAGUCCAUGUCCUUAUUAUGGGGUGUUAGGGUUGGUUGUAGUGGCUGUUGCAGGGGGGUGUUAAUUAGUGAAUUUGGGGGUUUCUUUGGUAUCUUCGGUGCUUGUUAUGGUUUAUUGAGGGGGGAUGUUGGUUGUGUUGGUUUAUUCAGUGUUGUUAUCCUGAAGCUUGGGCUGGUUGUGGGGUUGUUGGUUUCAGUUUUUGGAUAGGUUUGGUUGUUGUGGUGGGGCUUGCUAUUGGGGAUGUGUUAGGACUAUUAGUGGACAAAAGGACAGUGAAUAAUGGGUGUCUGUUGUGUAUUUGGUUGGAUUUUAGUGGGGUGGCUCUGUUUAUUCAGAGGGGUGGGAUUGUUUUUAAUUGUGGGGUGAGGGUUUUUGUUGACUUUGUUUGUGGUGCUGGGAGCUUGUGUGUGGGUUAUCUCGAGGGGCAAUUGGGCUGUUUAGCGGAGGGGUCAGGAUGUAGUUUGGCUUAAAAUGCCAGCUUUGGGAAUUGGAGAAGAAGGUUUGAGUCCUUUCUUCCUGAAGUAGUGGGGUAACAUUAGGGUUACUCUAGGAAGGGGUUUAUUCUGCAAUCUUUGGCUUACAAGACCAAUGUUUUUAUAAAUUGUUAGAGUUGUUUACUAGGGCAGCCACACAGGGGAAUAAAACUAGAAAGAUUGUGAAGUAGGUGAAUGAGGCUGUUGUCUGAUAAUGAUGAAUGGGUGUUCUACUGGUUGGCUGCCCACUCAGGUUAAGAUGAGGACAUUAGCAACUAGGGUUCAGAAUAGGAUUUGUGAUAGAGGGCGAUAAGUUAUUGAUCAUAGUUUAGAUGUGUGAGAGCAUCCCCAGGGCUUCCUUCCAACUUGGAGGACUCCUCCUGGCCACCACAGCCCUGGCAGUAGCCACUGGGAUCCUCUGAGCCAUGAAACCACCACGGGCUCCAAGGUCACUGUGGUCACUGAGGCAACCGUGGCCACCAUGAUCACCAAGGUCACUGUGGCCACCCUGAUCACCAGUGCUACCAGGGCCCCUAGAGGAACAACACCACCAAGGCUACCAAGGCCACCACUGCCACUAUGGCCACCUUGGCCACUAUUGCCACCAUGAGGUCACUGUGGUCAUUAUCACUGUGGCACUGUGGCCACCACUGCCACUCUGGCCUCCAUGGUCACUAUAACCACCAAGGCCACUGUGGCCACCAUGAUCAUCUAGAAUCUCUCAGCCGUAAGGCUACCACAGCCACCGUGGCUACCAAUAUAAUUUUGCAAAGAAAUUCUAUUAAAAUAUUCAAUCAAAACAAUGCCAUUAAAGAAUUCUGAUAAAGCAAGCAAAAAUCUGACAAUUCCUAGGCAAGGCUCAAUGUAAGUCCCCACACCAGCACUUAUGGGAAUGUCUCUCUCUCUGCCUUGAGGAGGAUCCUUUGGGACCAUCCCCUUCCCGAGGGAGGAAUGUCACACAAAUUCCAUUUUAAGCAGGAAGAGGGGAGAAGAAUCUCUGUCAGAGAGGGGACUACACACUUCCACAGUCAGCUGAUGGAUGGCCAGGCCCAGCUCUGGUGCUUCAGCCUUAGUUAUCAAUUCCGGGUUGGUGAUUUGGGCUGGUUUUAGCCCAAUUCAGCACCAAAAUCAGCACCAGACCUCUCUCAAUGCAGCCCUGACAGCCACAAAUGGGGCAUUGUCCCUUGGCCGCAUUCCAGACAGAGCAUCCUGUCACAGCCUCCAGUUCAGAGGGCCUUAAAGGCUGGAAAUUGGGAGGUUCAAGAAGGCAAGGGCAGAUCCUACCCCUGGGUAGGGACAGUCCCCAGUGCCACUCCAGGCUGGGUGGGACCUGCAGGAGCACCUGUGGAGAAGGACCUGAGGAUGCUGGUGGGUGACCAGUGCAGCUGGCCAUGUGGCCUGGGGCCAGGAGGGAUCUGGGGAUGUUGGAAAGAGUGGGGUCAAUACACCAGGGUCCCUCCAUCUCAAACCAUUGCAGAGCCCCUGGGGCCGAGAUGGGGCGGGGCGGGCGCUCAGCAGCACCAGCAGCUCGUGCUGCCACCGGCUGUUGGCACCUGGAACUGCAGCUGGGAGCAGCGCAGGGUCGCUGAUUUCCCGCGCUCGCUGCUGCUCUCCCGUGGACAUUUUCCAAACUACAACUGCAUGGCCAGUUCCAGGAGAUGAGCAAGUACAGAACAAAAACCCCUGAUUUGAAAGAAAAAAGAAUUUCCUGAGCGAAACAUCAAGGUUUUUCUCAGCAAUAAAUGGAUUGUGUUACCUCUGUCCCCA